UAAUGAUCGACCAGCGUGGGGGUGAAGCUGAAGUCUGCCCGUCCCCUGCAGUCUGCAGACGCCAUGGCUCGGCUGGUGGAGUGUGUUCCCAACUUCUCUGAGGGUCGAGACAAACAGGUGAUCGAUGCCAUCUCAGCAGCCAUCUCAGAGACCCCGGGCUGCAGCCUGCUGGACGUUGACCCGGGGGCCUCCACCAACCGCACCGUCUACACCUUCGUGGGUCCCCCGGAGGCCGUGGUGGAGGGGGCGCUGAACGCCGCCCGCCGGGCCUUUGGCCUCAUGGAUAUGAGCAAACACUCGGGAGAACAUCCACGGACCGGAGCGCUGGACGUCUGUCCCUUCGUCCCCGUCCAGAACGUCAGCAUGGACGACUGCGUCCGCUGUGCCGACGAGUUUGGACGGAAGCUGGCAGAGAUGCUGCGUGUUCCUGUUUAUCUGUACGGAGAAGCAGCUCGGUCCGACUCCAGGAGGAGUCUGCCGUCGCUGCGGUCCGGAGAGUACGAAGCUCUACCUGAGAAGCUGAAACGUGCAGAGUGGGCCCCGGACUUUGGCCCCGCCCUCUUCGUACCGUCAUGGGGCGCCACGGUAACCGGCGCUCGCAAGUUCCUGAUCGCAUACAAUGUGAAUCUGAUCGGCACCAAAGAACAGGCUCAUCGUAUCUCCCUGGACAUCCGCGAGCAGGGCCGAGGGAAGGACCAGCCAGGGCUCCUGAAGAAGGUGCAGGGGAUGGGUUGGUACCUGGAGGAGGCCAACCUUGCUCAGGUGUCCACCAACAUCCUGGACUUUGAGCUGACGCCGCUCCACGCUGUGUAUGAAGAGAUCUGCAGGGACGCUGAGGAGCUGAAGCUACCGGUGGUCGGCUCUCAGAUCGUAGGGUUGAUCCCCCUGAAGGCUCUGCUGGACUCUGCUGACUUCUACAUCAAAAGAGACCAGCUCUUCAUCAUUGAAGAAGAGCACAAAGUCCGCCUGGUGAUCAGUAAACUGGGCCUGGAUUCCCUCGGCCCGUUCAACCCAAAGGAGAGAAUCAUAGAGUACAUGGUGAAGUCCCAGGAGGAAGGCGGGCUUAUAUCUCUGUCUCUGCAGCAGUUUGUUCACAGCGUUGGAGCUCGGACAGCAGCUCCAGGAGGGGGAUCUGUUUCUGCUGCCAUUGCUGCCCUGGGGGCAGCACUGGGCGCCAUGGUGGGACAGAUGACAUAUGGAAAGAGACAGUUUGAGAACCUGGACAGCGUCAUGAGGAGGCUGAUUCCUCCGUUUCAUCAGGCCAUGAACGAGCUGCUACGCAUGGUGGAUGCUGACUCCACCGCCUUCAGCAGCUACAUGGCGGCGCUGAAAAUGCCCAGGAACACAGCAGAGGAGAUGAAAAGAAGAGAAGCUGCCAUGCAGGAAGGUCUGCAGCAGGCUGUGGCCGUCCCUUUGGCUCUGGCUGAGAAGAUCAGCAUCCUCUGGCCGCCUCUGAGACAAAUGGUUCAGUACGGCAACAUUGGCUGCAAGUCAGAUGCUCAGGUUGCAGCUAAAGCCCUGGAAACGGCCGUUUUUGGAGCGUACUAUAAUGUCCUGAUCAACCUCAAAGACGUCUCAGAUGAAGCCUUCAAACUGGCCACACAGAGACGAGUUUGUGAGCUGCUGCAGGAAGCCAGAGACAACGUGACCUCCAUCCUGGACGCUGCUGACAAGAGACCAUGACAACGUGGAAGAAAUAAAACCACCAUUGAGAAAAAGUGUUGAUUUGUUAUUUAUGCAGCAAGCAAGCCUGGCUCACUUCUGAGUACACCUGCUCUAAAUACUUUCUACAGCCUUGUUUUCACUAAAAACGGGAACUGGUUGUCUUCUCAGCAGGUUUUAGCACAGAGGAAGACAGAUGUCCUCUCUAGAUGGUCCAGAGUCCUGGUUCCCCUCUGAUCCUCUGUUCUGCUCAGCUCAGCUUCAUACAAGCAUCAGUGAGGAUGAUUUAGUCUGACAUCAACAUUUCUUCAUCUGCAGUCAGAGAAAAACCAUCAGAGACAGGUUUCUGCUGAGAUCCUGGUCUGAAGACCAUCUGCUCCAGAGGUGCAGUCAGAGGAACCCUGCAGGCUGCACAGAAACAUAUUUACCAGCAGCAGCACCUGGAGGAACAUCUGGAGAAGGCACCGCAUGGAGAGUCCUGCUGCAGAUCCAUGCUGCUGCCUUCACCUGCAGCUCAGACACACCUUCACCUGA